AUGGCCGGAAAAAAGCGGACCCAGACUGACCUCGCGGUUCCGGAGGCUGUGCCUGCCUCGGACAAUACCCGGAAUGAAGCCGCAGCAGCGGAGGCGCCGGCGAAGAAGAAGAAGCUGGCCAUGGAGCGGAAGAAGGAGCGGAAGGAGCUGGACAAGGAGCGCCACCGCCAGUCGGCCGAAUCCGCCGCCGCCGAGGCCGCCAAGGCCCAGCCGCCGGCCGCGGAGGCUGCGGCUCCAGCGAAUCCCCCGCCCGCUCCGGCGGCUGUGGGUCCGGGGCUCCACAUGAACGUGUUCAGGGACCUGGCAUCACCAGAGGCAUCGGUGAGAGAGACUGCGGCGGAGGCGCUGGUGGCGGAACUCCGGCAAGUGCAGAAGGCGUACGAGAAGAGCGCGCGGAAGGGGGAGAGUGAAGCUGGCGAUGGGGACAGCGCCUCGCAGAUGGAGGCUGAGAAGGACGACGGACUGGAUAACUGCGCCCCAUCUGUGCGGUACGCCAUUCGGCGGCUUAUUCGCGGUAUCUCUUCUUCUAGAGAGUAUGCAAGGCAAGGAUUUGCAUUGGGUCUUGCUGCUGUGCUCGAAUCAAUUCGGGCAAUCAAGGUUGAAUCAAUUAUGAAGUUGAUCCCAAAUUUAUUGGAAUAUUCAUCUUCUAUGAAGGGACCGGAAGCUAAGGACAAUCUUUUGGGGCGCCUGUUUGGAUUUGGAGCAAUUGUGAGGUCUGGUCGUGUUUCGCGACAGUGGACACGUGACAAAAGCUCACCCAUUGUUAAGGAAUUUGUGAGUGUGGUUGUAGAACUCGGUGGCAAGAAACGAUAUUUGACGGAGCCUGCAGUUGCCGUGAUUCUGGAUUUAGUCAGGAAGCUGCCUGAUGAAGCCAUACUAUCCGAGGUUCUUGAAGCUCCUGGUGUUCAAGAUUGGUUCAACAAAGCUGCUGAUGUUGGAGAUCCAGAUGCACUCUUUCUAGCUUUGAAGUUGCAAGAGAGAACUAUUGUCCAGAAGGAGAUAUUUGGGAAGCUCCUGCCUCAUCCAUUCAGCUCUGACAAUUUUUUUGCAGAACAACAUCUUAAAUCCAUUGCUGCUUGUUUCAAGUUCUGGCAAGAAGCACAAAAGAAUAAGAAAGCCAGCUCCUGUGAGGAUAACAAAAGGAAUCUUCGUAAUUUCUGUGAGGUUGUAAUUGAAGGAUCUUUGCUGCUCUCAUCUCAUGACAGGAAGCAUUUAGCAUUUAGUAUACUUCUUAGCCUCCUCCCAAAAUUGUCUCCUCCAGCUAUCCAAGUAGUUCUGUCCAGCAAAGUUGUUCAUGGUUUGAUGGAUAUUUUGUCAAAUGAAUCUUCAUGGUUGUAUAAUGCCGGAAAACAUUUUCUGAAAGAGUUAGUGAGUGUAGCAAGUCAUGACAAUGAUCGGUGUGCUGCUGUCAUUAUCAACUUACAGAAAUACAGUGGUGGAAGAUUUGACUCCAUGACAAAAACAAAAAUUGUUAAAGAGCUGGCUGGCAAAUUCCAUAGUGUUGAAGAUUGUUUGUAUCUCGUGCAAAGUUUGAUGGCCCUAUUCGUGGAUGAAGAAUCUGUUACAGAUGAACCAUCUGAUCAAAGUCAGACAACCGAUGAGAAUUCAGAAAUUGGCCCAACUGAAGAGCAGGAACUUCUUGGGCAAGGGGAUACUGAUCUUCUGAAGAGCUGGGUGGUGAAUACAAUUUCUUGUGUUCUAAAAAAUUUAAAGCUUACAUCUAAAGGGAAUUCAGAUUCUGAAAUGGCUAAGUGCAUUGAAGAAAAGUUUCAAGUUCAGACAGAAAUAUUAAAAUUCCUUGCAGUUCAAGGUCUGUUCUCAGCAUCUUUAGGAACUGAGGUUACAUCAUUUGAGUUGCAAGAGAAGUUCAAAUGGCCAAAUAAUCCCAUAUCCACAUCGCUACGUAAGGAAUGCAUAGAACAACUUCAAUUCUUGCUGGAAGAUGCACAAAAGGAUGAAGCUUUACAUGUUCCUAGUGAGGUCAAAUCCAAUGACUUAGGCUACUACUUUAUGCGUUUCAUUAACACCGUAUGCAACAUCCCCUCAGUCUCCCUCUUCAGGACUUUGAGUGGCAACGAUGAUAACGCAUUCAAGAAAUUGAUGGCUGUAGAAUCAAUGCUUUUCCAUGAGGAGAGAAAAACUGGUCCUGGAUUGGAGUCUGCUAAGAUGCAUGCAAUGCGUUAUCUCCUUAUCCAGUUACUGCUACAAGUUCUUCUCCAUCCAGAUGAGUAUUGGGAGGCCGCAGUUGAUGUGACUAUAUGCUGCAAGAAAUCCUUUCCUGUCAUUGCUCAAGGUGAUAAUUCCAGUGCACAAGAAUCCGCUGAACACGGUUCACAGGAGUCUGAUGAGGAUGGGUCUGAGGAAUCUGACGAGGAUGGUUCAGAGGAUCCCAAUGAGGAAGUGUCACUAGAGUUUAUGGAUGUUCUUGUCCAGACUUUCCUCUCUGUUUUGCCUCAUGCAUCUGGACCUGUUUGUUUGACAAUUGAACAGGUUUUUCGUGUGUUCUGUGAUGAUAUUACAGAAACUGGUCUCCUUGAUAUGUUGAGGGUCGUGAAGAUAGAUUUGAAAGGCCGUCGUCAAACAGAUAGUGAUGACGAAGAUGAUGGUCGUGUUGAUAUUGAAGAUGAUGAUGAAACUGUAAUGGAAGAUGAAGAUGUUGGGGAAACUGAUGAUGUUACAGAUGGUGAAGAUGAUUCUAGUGAUGAAGGUGAUGUGGAUCAAGAUGAUUUCAACAAAGCAGUCCCGAAUGAGACAAAAGGUGGAGAUAAAGCAGAAGCUACUAAAGAUGGGGAUGAUUCAGAUGAUUCAGAUGGCAUGGAUGAUGAUGCUAUGUUCCGUAUUGAUCCUUACAUUGCAAGGAUAUUCAAGGAGCGCAAUCUUCCUGGUAGUGAGACUAAGCAAUCUCAACUUAUGCGAUUCAAGCUUCGUGUGCUUACGUUACUUGAUAUAUAUCUUCAGAGGAAUCCAGGGAAAGUUCUGGUGCUGGAGGUGUAUUCUUUCUUAAUGCAAGCUUUUGUAAAAUCACAUGGUGCUGAUGGUACUGAACAGUUCAGGCAACGUAUUGCUGGCAUACUGCAGAGGAGGGUAUUCAAAGGGAAUGAGUAUCCAGAAGGCGAUGUUGUUGAAUUUGGUAAACUUGAAAGCUUGUUGGAGAAAGCUCUGAGGUUGGCAUCACGCUCAAGAUAUAACACAGUUGCUUCUGUAGCACAGAACGCUACAUUUUGGAUUCUGAAGAUCAUCAACUCGAUGAAUUGUUCUGAACAGGAACUUGCAAGUGUGGUUGACAAGUUCCGUUCUAUCUUGAAUGAUUACGACAGGAAGAAAUCACGGCUGAAGCUUGGUUUUGUGAAGGAGGUUGCUAAGAGGAAUCCUUGGAUAGGACAGGAGCUUUUUGGUUUUGUUCUGCAGAGGACCGAGAACACGAAAGCUCAAUAUCGGAGAAAUCAAAUGCUGGAGUUGGUGGACUACAUACUGAAAUCAUGGGCCGGUGACGCGUCAGAGGUGUUUUUGAACCAUUUGGCUCAGUUGUGCGGGUUGAUACAAGAAGCUCUUUCAGCCGUUCCUGAAAACAAGUCGCGCCGCAAGGAAGUACGGAAUUUUUGCACUGGAAUCUUGCAAACGGUGUUGAAGCUUGAUCUCAAAGAACAGUUCCAGAACGCGUUGAGUCCUGAAGCUUAUUCCCUCUGCGAGGCCAAACUAGGAGCUGCGUUUACCACCUUCAAAAAAUGA